AUGACCACCGCUGACGACGUUUGCGGAAGGUACACUCUUUCCCACUGCGACGGAAAGGUGACGCCGGCAAAGGCGACCCUGACCAUUCACCGCUGUGGGGAAACACUUACAGCGCAUGCCACUGUUGCAAAUGAUCUGCGCGGAACGGUCCAGUACGAAAACUGCCACAUCGUCGGCUCUCUGCAUUCCACAGGCAACGAGGCCAGUCCCGCUCAGGAGUCGGUGGAGCAGGCGCUGAGCAAGGGAUUUGCUGACGGAUUCAAUGUGGUGGUUGAGAUCAAUCAGGUUCUUCUCAAGAACGCCAACAGCUCUUUUGUUUUCGAGCGCUCGUGGAAGCUUUCGGAUCUCAACGGUGAGCACGCUAUCAUCGCGAUCAACGACCAGUCACCGAAUCAGGAGAUGACAAUAAGCUUCACUCCCGACGGCAACGGUGGAAGCUUUGUGACUGCCAAUAUUGCGAACUCCCUGCGGGGCAACUGCCAGAUCGAUGCGGGUCUUCUGCGCGGUGACCUUGCAACAACACAGGGCAAAGCAGACGAGAGCUCGAUGCAGGUGGAGAAGGUGAUCAGCGAGGGAUUUCAACAAGGCUUCCAUGUUUGCACGAACGAUUCAGGGAUUCUGCUGCAGUCUUCCGAGGCCAACAUCCAGCUGUGCCGGAUUGUUAGCCAGAGCGACCUUGAGGGUGAGUAUGUGCUGAAGUCGUUCAACGGUGCUGCUGUUCCCACACGCAACCAGCCGAGCAUCGUUUUCAAGCCCGUCAACACAAACGAGGUAGAAAUCUCCAUUGUUGUGGCUAAUCGCAUUCGCGGCACUGCUGCCCUGAAUCAGAACGUCUUGUCCUCUGAAGAGCCCCUCAUGUCAACUCGCAUGGUGGGAACUGAGGAAGAGUCGCAGCUGGAGGGCGCCUUCAACGUUGGUUUUCAGUACGGCCUCGAGACGAUCUCCCACGGCAACGAGCUGACGCUGAAGAACCAGGAUUGUAAAUUUGUCUUGGUGAAAGCGGUGGCUCCGGCGGCGCAACACGGCGGUCCAACAUACAAGGGAACGCAUUGCAACAAGUGCUUCAAAGCUGAGGGUAACGGUCUACUAUUCCGCAUCGUCAACGAACACGAGAAGAAGUGGGCGUUUUACAACGACACAGAAGAUCUCCGGAUUCGCGUGCACGCCACAUUCGGCGCCCGCUCCAAGAUAGAAGCUCUAGACAACGCCAAAAUGUACAAAAAUGAUGACGGUCGCUACGCUGUUGAGGUCACCGUGGAUCCUCAGGCCACGGAGAUGUUCAUUCAGGGUGAUGUGAAUGGCUUCAGGGUGCUGUACGACGCUCAGCCCAUUUAG